AUGGAGCUGCGGUCGGAGCUGCCUAGCGUGCCCGCCGCGCCCCCUCCGGUGCCCCCCAGCUCGGUGGCGGCCGCGGCGGCGGCGGCGGCUGCCACGCUGCCGGUGAGCGUGGCCGGGAGCUUGCUGCGGGCGCCGCCGCUGCUGCUGCGGGCGGCCGAGAAGUAUCCGCGGACGCCCAAGUGCGCCCGUUGCCGCAACCACGGGGUGGUGUCGGCGCUGAAGGGCCACAAGCGGUACUGCCGCUGGAAGGACUGCAUGUGCGCCAAGUGCACCCUCAUCGCCGAGCGCCAGCGCGUCAUGGCCGCUCAGGUGGCGCUGCGCCGGCAGCAGGCGCAGGAGGAGAACGAGGCCCGAGAGCUCCAGCUGCUCUACGGCACGGCCGAGGGGCUGGCGCUGGCGGCCGCCAACGGCAUCAUCCCGCCCCGGCCCGCGUACGAGGUGUUCGGCUCCGUCUGCGCCGGGGGCGGCGGCGAGGGAGGCGCCGGCGCCUCAGAGUCCAAGAUGCAGAAGUUCGAGCUGUUCCCCAAGACGCUGCUGCCGAGCCGCGCCGUCACCCCGCAGCAGGCGGGCGGGAAGCCCCUCUCCCCGGACGGAGAGUCCGUGCCCGGCACCUCCUCCCCAGAUGCUCGCCACGGCUCGGGCUCGGAGAACGGGGACGGCGAGUCCUUCCUGAGCUCACCCGUGUCCAAGGGCCCGAAGGAGGGGGAGGAGAGCCCGGGCUCCAUCAGCCCGCUGGGCUCGGACUCGGGCUCGGAGGCGGACAAGGACGAGCAGGACCCGUCGCCCUCGGCCGGCGGCCGGCAGCGGACUCCCAUCGACAUCCUGACGCGCGUCUUCCCGGCGCACAAGCGCAGCGUGCUGGAGCUGGUGCUGCAGGGCUGCGGCGGGGACGUGGUCCAGGCCAUCGAGCAGAUCCUCAACAACCGCGGCCCGGAGAAGGGCCCCGAGGAGGGCUGGGCCCGGGACGGCGCCUUGCAGGGCCUGCCGCCCAGCCCCGCCGCCGCCGCCCACCACCGGCCCUUGAUCGCCGGCGCCAUGGCCCCGGCCAUCGGCACGCUGGGCAGCCGCUCCGCCUUCUCCCCGCUGCAGCCCAACGCCACGCACUUCGGGGCCGAGGCCGGCGCCUACCCCCUGGGCACCCACCUGGGACUGAACCCCCUGCGCCUCGCCUACUCGGCGCACAGCCGCGGACUGGCCUUCAUGACCCCCUACUCCACGGCCGGGCUGAUGCCCACGCUGGGGUUCCGGCCGCCCGUGGACUACGCCUUCAGCGACCUGAUGCGGGACCGCUCCGCCGUGCACAAGGAGCAGGUGUACUCCAGCGGGCUCUACGGGCCCAUGGUCAACAACACUCCCGAGAAGCAAUAGCGGCUUCCUAAAGCUCGUCUGUGUAGAGGUAGCUAGGUAGGCACGGGUGGACGGACACGGGGGGAUUCCUCUCCCCCGUGCAGGCGGUGGUUGCGCGCAGAGCCCGGCGCGGACAGGCGUAGGUGUAUUAAGGUGAUAAAGGUGCACUUUCAUUGUCCAGACAUGAGUCACUCUUUGUUGCUUAUGGCCAUAAGCAUGGAUAUCCUCAGAGCGUCGUGGGGUGUGCACACACACACACGCUCUUUCCCACACACAUACAUAUAUAUAUAUAUGUAUACUAGCAAGUGUAUAAUGUUAUAAAAUGGAAAUCUAAGUUAUUAAUGUAACUCGUAGGUGAACUUGGUAUUAACGUUAAGCUAAAGGUUAGGCAGCGCAUUGUAAUACUUACCAGGCAUAUAGAUGAAACAUUGUCAAAUUGAAAACCUUUUCCUUCCCGCCCCCAGAAACGUUAUGGUCUGUAUAUAACAUUGGAAAGUAGAUAUAUUUGUAACUGUCCGUAGGACCCCGGCGCCAAUGGUGUAUGAUGGUUUAAUAAGCCUCCUUCAUUUGUGAUCUGCAAGAAAAUUGCUUUCUUGUUCCGAUGUAGCAAACUUCUUGCUGUUUCUAACAGGUAAUUCUGUGUUUCCAUUUCAUAGAAAUAAAUGUUAUUUUCUAUUAAAAAAAAAUCGGUCUUAUGAA